AGCGACUCUGCCGUCAAGCAAAUCUUGCUUUCGAUGAAUGAGAAAGAUCCCUUCAUCAUAGAGGAUCUGGACGAUUACCACCUCGUGAUCAAAGCAGACGAGGAAUACAGGGUACGGAAAGUGUUGGAAGCCGAGCUGGAGAAGAACACGUACAGCUUGGAAGCAUCUUGA